AGCACACCGACAACUACACCGUCCACAACGCCGACAACUACACCUGUAACAUCUGCAACAACCACACCCACAACAACUCCUGCAACUGCUCCAGGAACAACGACGACACCUAACUGGCCUCGACCAUUCCCGUUCCCUCCAGGACCAGGAUUCCCAUUUCCGCCACCACCACCUCUACCACCAAUGGGGCCUGGACCAUGGGGUCCUAUUGGCUUCCCUCCACGUGGGCCUAUGGGACCAUGGGGCGGACCUAUGCGGCCAUGGGGCGGACCGAUGGGACCAGCGGGUGGACCGAGAGGAUCAUGGGGCGGACCUAGACGACCAUUCGGUGGACCAAGAGGACCAUGGGGUGGGCCUAUGGGACAGUGGGGCGGACGACGGUGGUAGGUUUUGGGUGGGAAGAAAGCAUAAUUUCUCCAAAAAGACACCCAGAAUCAUACUUGCGUUUUCCUCCGUUGUGUGUUGGAAUAAAAUUUGA